AUGGCCUCGUCUCCCAACAAGGACGCAGACGUAGAUGCGAGACCUUUGCAAGAUAUGCAGGAUGGUCACCCUAACGACACGAGCUCACGCAGCGUUGAGGAGGUGGGAAUUGUUGAAGACUCCGAAGAAAUCGCGAUGUACCGCAGUGCGGUUGCGUCUCUGCCAGACUCACACGAAAACUAUCACAGGUUCUUCGGCGCGUUAGGAGAGGCCCUGUUCCGGCGAUUUUUAUCUCUCGGUCAUUCACAAGACCUGACAGAGGCCUUGUCUUACUAUCAGGUCGCUGCAGAUCUUUCAGCGGAGCGAUCUCUCCUCGACGAUCAGAGGACAUACACGAACCUUCUGGUGGCCCGUUUACAGGUCUCUUUCGAGCAUUACGGCGAACUUGCCGAUCUUGACCAUGCCAUAGACACUCAGCGUGGCCUAGUCGAUAGGAUGCUCAACGACAGCUCCGACAGAGUCGCAUGUCUCCAUGAUCUUACCAACCUGGUCUUGAGACGAUUCAGGGUUACCGGUAACAUAUCCGACCUGGACGAGGCAAUCGUUACUUGCAGACAAGCAGUCAAACAUGACCAGUCAGGUAACCUGCUCCCUCUUCACGCUCUCGGAAAAUCAUUGUUCGAUCGCUUCGAGCUCACAGGCAAUAUAAGCGAUCUUAACGAAGCCAUAUCAGCUAUGCUGAAAGCGAGCGAGCUCGGCACCCAGGCUGGAUACGCGAUCACACCUACUCUGCUGAGCCACCUCAGUAUCUGUCUACAGACAAGAUUCCGAAUCCUCGGAAAUCUUCCAGAUAUCAACAAUGCAAUUCUCGUCAGCACACUCGCUGUCAAGCAUACUCCCAUCUCUCGCUCGUCCGACCUGUCGAAGUGCCUCACCCAUCUCGGGUCCUCAUUGCAGAGACGAUACGAGCGCUUAAGAGAUAUAGCCGAUCUUAACAGAGCCAUCACCGCCAAAUCGCAAGCCCUCGUAUUCACACCAGAUGGGCAUCCCGACAAGCCUGGCAUGCUCCAAAACUAUGGAAAUGCUUUAGUGCUUCGCUUCCAGCGUCUGGAAAAUAUCUCUGACCUGGAGGAGGCCAUCUCUUUCCAGUCACGGUCCAUUUCUCUCGUCUCAGAUCAAGACGAGCGGAGGCCUACCUUGGUGGGUAGCCUGAGCAGCUCGUUGGUGGCGCGCUUCGAGCAUGCAGGUGACAUGUCUGACAUAACCCAGGCCAUUUCGAUGCAAAAGCAGGCCAUGACACACAUCCCAGAUGGUCAUAUAGACAAUGGCCCUAUGCUCAAUAAUCUUGGGAAUAUGUUACUUCGUCGAUUCGAGAGCUCGGGCAGCCUUGAUGAUAUCGAGGAUAGCAUCCACGCUCAUAAACAGGCAGUCGCACUCGCUUCGGAGAACCACGCAGUCCAAGCCACUCGGUUAAUACACCUCGGAAACUCUCUCCUCACCCGUUUCGAUAGCUUUGGUAGCCUCUCAGAUCUCGACGAGUCCAUUUCUGCUGGGCUGCAAGCCGUGACAGUUGCUCCGGAAGAUCAUGCGAAUAAAUUCGCCAUGCUCAAUACCCUUGCCGCCGCAUUCGGCCAUCGCUACGAUCGUCUCGGAAACAUUGGCGAUUUAGACGAGGCUAUAGCUGCUCAAGACCAAGCCUUACGACUCAUCCCCGACGGGCAUGCCUUGAAGCGCGUGAUAUUAUUUAACCUCGCUCAUUCACUAGGCCAUGUCGCUAGGCUCGACGGAGCGAUUCGCCUCUAUUCCAAGAUCGCGUUAUCUCGAACAGGACCUGCAUCGCAGUUGCUCGAUGCCGCAAAGUCUUGGGCCGGGUGUUACUCUCAGCGUUAUGGCGAGUCUUCACUUGACGCUCACAAGGCUAUUCUAGCCUUGAUCCCACGGGUAGUCUGGUUAGGGACAGGUAUAUCGUCCCGUCUCGAAAGCCUCCUAUCAUUAGGCGAUGUGGUCAACAACGCAGCUUCAGUAGCUUUUCAGCUUCAAAGAUACGAUCUUGCGAUCGAGUGGCUCGAACAGGGGAGAUCUAUCGUAUGGGGUCAGAUUCGUCGUCUACGAAGCCCGAUGGACAAUUUGCGCAAUGCACAUCCAGGCCUUGCCGACGAACUCAUGCAGGUCUCAAAGAACCUUGAACAGGCCGCGGACACACAGCCUUCAGAGAUGUUUAUCCCAUUAUCCGGGGAUACAAACAAGGGGGCACUCGAGAGAAAAGCUCAGGCUCAUAGGAGGACGGCUGAGAGAUACGAAACGCUCUUGGAGAACGUCCGUCAGCUCCCAGGCUUUGAGCAAUUUUUACAGACAAAGCGACUGUCUGAGCUCCAGUCUGCUGCCGCGUUCGGCGCCGUGGCCAUGGUCAACGUUCACACAUCACGCUGCGACGCUGUCGUUCUCCGAGACUCGUCUUCAGCCCCUACUCACGUCUUUCUCCCUUCUUUGACGUUCGAGAUUGCGCAACAGCUCCACAAGGACUUUUCAAAGAUUCUCGAGUCAAACGGUGUCCGUUUCCGAGAGUGUCAUGAAGACGCACGGCAUCUGGGGAAGGAGGGCAAGAAGGACAAGGGAAGGAAACCGAACAUGAUUCGCAUCUUGGCCACUUUAUGGACCAGCAUUGUGCAGCCAAUUAUUGAAGCUCUUGAACUCCAGGCAAUACCGGAUAUCAGCUUGCCACACAUCACUUGGUGUGUGACGGGGCCUCUUGCGUUUCUUCCACUUCAUGCAGCGGGACUGUACGACAAGGCAGACGGACCGAGAGUAUUCCGACAUGUCGUAUCAUCGUACACACCCACGCUCACAGCUCUUGUCGAGGCAUCCCAAAGACCAUCCGCACCGUCCGCACGAAUCUUAGCAAUCUCUCAACCUAACACGCCGCACCACAGUCCACUCCAGUCCACUGUCACAGAGAUAGAAGCGCUGAAACAACACGUCGGGGAACGCGACUUCAAGUGGCUCAAUGCAGAGGAAGCCACAGUCGAAGCAGUUUUAGGGGAAAUGUCAAACUGCUCCUGGUGCCACCUGGCGUGCCAUGGUAUCCAACGUUCGGACGACCCUUUGAAGAGUUCAUUCGCUCUUCACGACGGCUACCUCGACCUCGCAACGAUCAUGUCAAAGAGAUUUUCAUCUGCCGAGGUCGCGUUUCUUUCUGCGUGCCAGACAGCGACGGGCGACGAGCGACGACCCGAGGAAGCGAUUCAUCUCGCGGCAGGAAUGCUCAUGGCAGGCUUUCGGACUGUGUUUGGAACGAUGUGGUCAAUAGGAGAUGAGGACGCACCGGUUAUCGCCGAGCAGGUUUAUGCGUAUAUGCUGAAGGCUUCGGAUGGUGGGGAUCGGGUUGGAGGCGAACAAGCGGCGUAUGCCCUUCAUCGUGCCGUAGGUCGUCUUCGUGAAGGGGUGGGAGAGGAACAGUUCAUCAGGUGGGUUCCGUUCAUACAUCUGGGUGUAUGA